AUGAUAAAAUCGGUAAGUAGAAUGACUAGAAAGCUCUCUUCGACCGCCGUGAAAGGCGAUUUGUUCAAAUUCCAAUCUCAACUUCCAAAGUUGCCAGUUCCAACAUUGGCUGAAACCUCGUCGAAAUAUUUGAAGACCGUCGAACCAUUUCUCUCACCUGCACAAUUGUCUUCGACGAAGGCAAUUGUGGAGGACUUUGUGAGACCUGGAGGUCAAGGUGAGGUGUUGCAGAAGAGAUUGGAGGAGUUCGCUCAGGGUAAAGACAACUGGUUGGCUGAAUACUGGGAUGACUAUGCGUACAUGUCGUACAGAGAUCCAGUGGUGCCAUAUGUGUCGUACUUCUUCAAUCACAAGGACGUGAACAACGCCAUUGGCAAGAAUCAAUUGUACAAGGCAUCGUUGAUCGCCUACUACACCACGCAGUUUCUUAAGCUCGUGGAAUCCGAGAAUUUGGAGCCUGAAGUUAUCAAGGGUAACCCUUACUGUAUGAAUGCGUUCAAGUAUAUGUUCAACAACUCGCGUGUUCCUGCUGCUGGCUCUGAUAUCACCAAGUUGUAUGAUAUUUCCGAGCACAGAUACUUCAUUGUAGCCUUGAACAACAACUUCUACAAGGUGUACCACCACGAUGCCAACGACGAGCCAUUGUCCAAGGCAGCCAUCUACAAGCAGUUGGAGUACUUGGUCAAUGUAGUGAACCCAAGAGUUCCACGUGGCGUUGGAAUUGGAGCACUCACUUCGUUGAACAGAGACGAGUACUUGGCUGCUUACGAAGGCUUGAUCAAGUCGCCAAUCAAUGAGGCCUCCUUCGAGACCAUUUUCGCCUCGUCUUUUGUCAUUUGUCUUGACGACAGUUUCCCUGUGACCAUUGAGGAGAAAUCCAAAAACAACUGGCACGGAGACGGACAGAACAGAUUCUUCGACAAGCCUUUGGAGUUUUUCAUUGCAAAGAACGGUAACUCUGGUUUCUUGGGUGAACACUCCAGAAUGGAUGCCACCCCCACUGUUCAAUUGAACAACGACAUUUUGCUGAAGAUCGCCAAGGAAGACCCAACCACUUUCCUUGCAGAGAUCACCGCAUACACCUCCUCUCCUACCUCAGUAGUACCUGAGGCUCCAGCUGUGUUGCCAUUCGAUGUCUCUGUUCAGGCCAGAAGCGACAUUGCCUACGCCCAAGAGAAAUUUGCUGAUACUAUUGCUCAGCACGACCAGGCGAUUUUCCAGUACUACGGCUACGGUAAGAACUUGAUCAAGCAAUUCAAGGUUUCGCCCGAUGCCUACGUGCAGAUGUUGAUGCAGUUGGCCUACUAUAAAUUGACGGGCAAGGUUCGUCCUACCUACGAGAGUGCUGCCACCAGAAAGUACUUGAAGGGUAGAACCGAGACAGGAAGAAGUGUUUCUGUUGAGUCUAAGAAGUUUGUCGAGACCUGGAGCGAUGUGAACGCAACCAAUGAGGAGAAGAUUGCUACUUUCAAUGCCGCUUGUAAGCAGCACGUCAAGUACUUGGGUGAGGCUGCAGAUGGAAAAGGUGUGGAUCGUCACUUAUUUGGCUUGCUGCAGCAGCUCAAGCAAGGCGAGGAGAUUCCAGCCAUCUUUAAGGACCCCGUGUUCAAGUACUCGUCUACAUGGUACAUCUCGUCGUCGCAAGUUCCAUCUGAGUACUUCCAGAGUUGGGGCUGGUCGCAAGUGAUUGACGAGGGUUUCGGUUUGGCCUACUUGGUCAACAGCGAGUGGUUGCAUGUGCACAUUUCAACCAAGAAGGGUUACGGUUUGAAAUCGGACUACUUGAAGUAUUACUUGACCGAGACAGCCAACGAGAUGAAGCAGGUUUUGUCUACCCAGUUGGCUGCCAAGCCUAAGCUUUAG